AUGCCUGUCUCCUCCGACGACCCACUCGACGAGGUCCUCAGACCGCCCCCAGACGAGACCCCAGAGCAACGUCAGAUACGUCUCGAGUCGGAGGCGGAGGCUCGGCGCGUCAGCCAGGCCAUCGAUGCGAGCCUCAAGGCCGAACGACAGGCGCGCAAGAAGAAACGUAUCGUGAGGCUCUUGCUGUUGGGACAGAGUGAAUCCGGCAAGUCAACAACCCUACGACAAUUUCAACGACUGUAUACACCCACUGCUUUUCGAGAAGAGCGGAUAUUAUGGCGUGCCGUCAUACAACUCAACAUCGUUAGGUCAAUACGAACUAUUCUAGAGGCCAUCUCACAACCGCUACCGAAUUCACCCUACUCCUCACCCCGGUCGCGCGCGCGCAGCAUAUCUCGUUCGCGACAACCUGUGCCCUCGUCGACCAACUCACCACCCAUGCCUUCGCACCGCCAUGCUGUCGACGUCAUGGGAAAUGCCUCCAACAACCGAAGCAAUGGUACCGGCAUCGACAUGCAAUUUUCAUAUGGCUCUCCUUCCCACUACCCACCACCUCUUCCAACACACCAACGGCAGAACUAUGACGAGGAGGGUUAUCCGGAUUACGAUAACGACUCUGAUGGGGAAUAUAACAACGCUGACGACUCGUACCAUGGCCAGCAUAAUUUCGACGGCAGCCCAAAAUCACACCCCUCGGGUUCCUCGACAACUCUAGCUCAAUCACCACUGGAGGUUCUUAAAGCCCGUCUUCUCCCACUACGACACGUGGAAGCGCUGCUCAUCGCGAAACUAGUGCCACCGAACGAAGAGGAGGCUACGCACCUCGAUUACCCCAUUCACGCCCCGUCCCCAACCGGAUCACACUUUUCUCAUCACACUAACGGGCAUGGAAGACAGCGCAGUCGGUCCUACCACAACCAGGAGAUUUUCAUACGCCCCGGCGCAGGAUGGAAGGGCGGAUUGUCACGGGCCAGGGUGAAUUUUGCAGGUUAUUCAUAUGGUGACUCAUCCUCGAGCGCUGGGCCAAGGCCGACGAGUGCGGGGAACACAGGACUCGAGACGCCCGAUGAACCGCAGGAGGUACUCAAUUCGUGUCGGAAGGACAUGGUUGCGCUCUGGAAUGACCGAGGGGUGAGAGAAAUCUUGCGGCGGAGAAAGAUCCGGCUGGAGGAGGGGAGUGGUUUUUUCCUGGAUGACCUAGAAAGGGUUACGUCGCUGAAAUAUCUACCCACCGACGACGAUGUCCUGAAGGCACGCCUGAAAACGGUGGGCGUCUCGGAGUAUAAGUUCGAGAUGGAGGUUAGUGCUGGGAGGGACAGCGGGACAGAGUGGAGAAUCGUUGAUGUCGGUGGCAGCCGGAGUCAACGACCGACAUGGGCGCCUUUCUUUGAUGAUGUGGACGCGAUCAUCUUCCUCGCCCCCAUAUCAGGGUUCGAUCAGGUUUUGGCAGAGGACAGAACCGUGAACCGUCUUGAAGACUCGGUGUUGCUGUGGAAGGCUGUGUGCUCCUCAAAAUUGCUCGCCAACGUAGACCUCGUGCUCUUCCUCAAUAAAUGUGAUAUUUUGGAAAAGAAAUUGAAGUCUGGCAUCCGGUGA